AUGUCGUCGACAACGGUGGGCCUGCUCACCUCAUACGCCGAAAAGACCAGAUGGACGCCAACUCAGGCCAGUAAAGAUGCCAAUCGGAAAGCUCUUCAGGACAGCUCCUGGGCUGAUGGGCUUCGAGGUAUCGCUGCUGUUUUUGUUAUGUUCAGCCAUAUGACCCUUGCUUUCGCCCGCUACAUAGUCAGACCUGCCGACGGCGAGCACGGGCCCUCACAAUGGAUGCAAAGACCUAUCCUUCGACUCGUUGGCCAAGGUCCUGCCUGGGUUGCUUGCUUCAUCAUACUCUCUGGUUUCGUCAACUCGCUGAAGCCUAUCAAGCUAGCCAGGCAGGGCAAUAUCGAAACAGCAAUAUCCAACCUUGCCGUCAGCGCGUUCAGAAGGUCCUUCCGUCUCUUUCUUCCAGCCGCCGCAGCUACAAUCAUCAGCUGGUUCAUCUGUCAAUUUGGCGCAUAUGAAAUAGCAAAAAACUCGGACGCCUAUUGGCUGCAGAUUACAAGCCCGGGAAUAAGCCCCUCGUGGGGACAGGCCAUUAUAGAUCUUCUAUAUGCCAUCCGAAACACCUGGCUCUACAAUCCAGAAAAUCCUUACGACCAGCCUCAAUGGGCUCUCAUGUACCUUCUGCAAGGCUCUAUGUUCGUAUUCAUGGCUUUGCUCGCGACUAUCAACCUAACACCUCGAUUUCGAGUGAUGACCAUGAUGAUCUGCUGGUUCUGGUCGUGGAAUUGGGGUAUAAGGAUCGGUGACCCAAUGGUUGGUGUAAGCUGUUUUGUUGGCAUCAUGCUCUCUGAGCUGAAUAACUCUGAAUAUCCUCUCCGUCUAUCGCCACUCUCACCCUUCUUCGCACCACCAAUGGCGCUCCUAGCACUCGUCUUGAUGUCGUUUCCCUCCGAAUUCCAGCCUUGGGCCCAAUGGUCCAAUUUCCUCCUUGAAUGGUUCCACAGAGUGUCGCCCGAAAACGCUGAACUUAGUCGCUUCUGGCCAACGAUCGGCGCCCAGCUACUCUGCCUCACUGUCGUGCUUUCCCCGCACAUACGCCGUGGUCUCAGUCAUCCGUGGUUGCUCUGGCUUGGCAAGGUCAGCUUCCCGUUGUAUCUGUUGCAUGGCUCCUUCAUGCGCAGCCUACUCUCGUGGCUGCUAUUCGCAAGAGAACACCUAGUGGAAUUCGAAGAGCACAAUGGCGACCAGAGCUACAUUGUCAUGAAAUACCCAUUGCCAGGCUACACGACCUUCAUCAUCGUGAUGCCGGUUUUCUUUGUCAUCUUGUUUACAGCGACACAUGUAUGGGCGAUGAAGGUCGAGCCGCAAUUCGGGCUCAUCACUAAAAAAGCGGAAGAUCUCAUGUUUGGGAAACAGGAACGGCCUCCUGCGUUGCCUGUGCGGCAUGAUUAG